UUGCUGCUACUUCCGGUUGCGGCUGUCAGGCGAACUUGCCGCUCUUCCCUUACCUCUUUGCUCAUCGCUGGCUGAAGCGAUGGCGAGCGGAGGCCCGAGCGUGCCAGUCACUGAGGAAGGGGAGGCGGUGACGGUGCCCGGACCCGGAGCGACAGAAGCUGAGGAAGAGGAAGAGGAAGAGCAGGAGGUGUUGGCUCUAGCCGUCCGGCUGAGGCGACGCCUGAGAGGCUGGGAAGCGACCGUGACUGCCGUGCAGCGGCUAUUGGUUUGGGAGAGGCCGCCGCAAAGCCUGGCCGGGGCCGUGGCGCUCGGAGCUGCUUUGUGGUUGUUUUCCUCCACUUCAUUACGUCCCCUGUUCCUCCUUAGUACUGGUUUUAUUGGUAUUCUGCUGUUGGAGAGAUGGAAGCCCCAGUUUUUAUUGGAUUUCUCAGUACAACCCAUAGAAGAACCUGGGGGAGACAGUGACCAUGAGAUGACAGGAGCCCAACCUCACCUGCUUAGUGUUUUAGAACUCUGUCGUUGCUUGGCUGAGAGCUGGAUUACCUUUAGGCUAUAUCUGCAGGAACUUCUGCAGUAUAAGAAGCAAAACCCUGCCAAGUUCUGUGCCAGAAUCUGCUCAGGAUGCUUGAUUCUAGCAAUUGUAGGACACUAUGUUCCAGGAAUCAUGAUCUCCUACAUUGUCUUACUUAGCAUUCUGCUGUGGCCACUGGUAGUUUACCAUGAACUCAUUCAGAGAAUGUAUACCCGUUUGGAGCCCAUCCUAAUGAAACUGGACUACAGUAUGAAGGUGGAGACUCUGCAUCUUAAACACGAAAAGAAAAAGCGUCAAGGAAAGAUUGAGCCAGAGGCUGGCAGUGAACCAAUGGCAGAAACAGAAAGUGAGAGUGAAGCAGAACUGUCUGGCUACUCUCCAGUGGUAGAUGUGAAGAAGACAGCUCUGGCAUUAGCAAUCACAGAUUCUGAACUCUCUGAUGAGGAAGCCUCUAUCCUAGAAAGUGGGGGAUUCACGGUCUCCAGAGCUACAACUCCACAACUGACAGAUGUGUCUGAAGAUCUGGACCAGCAGAGCCUCCCCAGUGAGCCUGAGGAAUCCUUCUCCAAAGAUUUAGCAGAAUUCCCUUCGGUGGAAGAGUUCCAUUCCAAAGACUUGGGACCAUCCAGCGAAGAUGAGAAUUUUGGCGUUCCCAUUCAAAGUGUGCAACAGCUAAACUCUGCUGAAGAGGCCGCUGCCGCCAUGAAUCCGGACACAUCCAUUCUGUGCCUGGCCUCACCCCUGCAUUUUGUAAAUACUCAUUUCAACGGGAACGGGCAGGCGAUAGCGGGAGGAACCCCCGAGUCCCAAGCUACCUGCGCACAAGGCCUGGGGCUCCACAUCGAUUCGUUGAGUCAAGAGAUUGUCACUACGGCUAUCAGUACAGUUGUGCAGAACACCCUGUCGGCUCUGCUCCACUCCUCAGAGGACACCGAAGGGCCUUGUUUCUCUGAGUUCCUGCCUACUGAACCCGAGGAGAGACUCAGUUUCCAGGCACAGCUCUCUGAGAACGAGGAGGUGGGAACAGCUCCUCUGCCUGGGAAAGAAGAGGAGGAGGAAGAAGCCGACGAUUUUGAGUUGCUUGAUCAGCAGGAGCUGGAGCAAAUGGAUACAGAGCUGGGCCUUUCUGGAGAAACAGAAGCUCCAGGAGCUCCUUCUCAACCUCCUGAAGAACUGUCACCCUGAUCUCACUGUUCAGUCUCCUCUUUUCUGUAGCUGCAAGAAAGGACAAACAGACGCAUAGAGAAGUUAUAGGCCGUACUGAAGGACAGACAGACAUGUGGCAAAGUCCAUGCAAAGCCCCCAAAUUUGCAGUGUUACGUCUGGAAUCAAAAGCUGUUGUCCUCCUCCUAGUAUUGGCCUUUCCACCAGGCCUCUGUUUCUGCCCCAUGCUUCUUAGUGAUGCUGCAGUCUUUGUCUGCUGCUGCAAUUUUUCUGUCUCAGUCUGUUUUGCGGUUUUUAUUUCGCACAUAUUUUCUGCUAUUCCUGCCACUACAACUUACUGCUCAUCCUCAUGUAUCCAGUAGGAAAUAAGGAGUUUUAUUCAGCAGAGAGGGUGUAAAUAAUUUAAAGAGAGCAUUGGUCGGUUAAUUGAACAGGAAGGAAAAACGUUCUUUGGAGAAAUAGAUUUGGGAUUAUUUUUUUUUUGUUUUUUGACAGGAAAUUGGGGAACGGAAAGUAGGUUUUCAGUAGUGAUACCAUAUAGAGAAUUUUUUCUGCGAAAAUGAAAGCAAUCUGGACUUAGCCACCUUGCACAGAAAGCCAAGUGCUUCUGCAGAUCCAAGAGCCAGUCCUAUCUUCUCAAGUAUUUUAAACCUUCGGUUCUAUUUCCCUUUGUAUGUAGGGUGAAUGUACACUAUGCCCAAUGGUUUCCAGGAAGGCAUAGCCUGAUUUUAUUUAUUCUGAACUACGUAUCUAGCUGUCCGGAUUUUUUAAAAAUUCGCUUGGCGGAACUCAGAUUUAAUUGUAGAAUCUGGCAGCCUUCCUCUUUCCCUUUCUGCUGCACUUUAAAUACAAAUAUUUCUGCUUGUUGGCAUCAUUCCUGCCCUAAAACAUCCUGAGCAGAAGGCGUUCUUCUAAUGCCCUCAGCCUUUGCCUCAGGGAGAGAAGCAGAGCAGCUAGAAAAGAUACUAUGUGAGACACUAGAAAGAAUUCUAGCGUUAAAGAGGAGGAAGGGUACCCAUUUUGCCUAUCAACUCCAUUCACUUUUGAAAGACUUAAGCAUUUCCUUUGGUAAUAUUGUUAAUUAGAGCAGGAUGUGCAUUUCUAUUUCCAGGAGAAAGAACUGGGCAACAUGGUCUCCCCCCCCGGGGAUGGUUUGUGGAAUUUUACAGGAAACAAAACAAAAAAAAAACAUAAAAUGGCUUAUAAGGUUGCAAAGGUCAAUAUUUUUACUCUAAAGUAGCAAAGUUUUUCCAGUGUAUCAGCUCAUUCACUGCAAAGCUACACUGGUUUAGCAAUGGCCUUAAUUGAAUGGCUCUUGGUUUGUUUCCUCACUUCUGCCUGUUUCAGCCAGUUUUCCCAUGGAUUGUCGGUCUUGGUAUUGUUGUUUGUUUUCCAAGGGAAUACACAGACCAUAGUGCAAAAAUAGCAUUAUGGGCUGGUUGUCCUCCCUUUGUGUAAAGUAUUCAAAAUAUACAGUAUGUCACCCAGCAAUUAGUGUGCUAGGAUGAAGAAAAACUGCAACUUAAGAUUUGCAAAUGCAAGCUCCAAAUCUCUUGUUACCAGUCCUGUAGGACUCUGUCCUUGAGCUGCUCUCCUAAAUGACUUGCCUAAGGUGCACGAAAGGCAUCUGAGGACAUCCAAACACCUUUGCAAUUCCUGGCUCCACAGCCAACCUGCCCCCUCCCUAACUUUGACAACGACUAGGAAGAUAACUGUACUUACCGCCUUCUUCCUUUUUCUCCUUUCAGACUUCUGAUAAAAGGUAAAGGAAUUUGUAGAUGUCUGCUGCGUAGCACAACUGUUUUGUUGGCCAGAGCUGGCUUCUUUUCUGUCCUGUAUUGCCUGCCCCUCCCUCAAAAGGAGUGGAGUGGGGUGACCGUGAAUAACAGCUUCCUCCGACUGUCUGCACUUUGGAAACAGGCAGCUUUGUGGCACUGAGUGUAUAGCCUGCCUACCCUUUGUGUUGUGCCCGGGCAACAAUUUUUCCAUCCCUCUCAAUAGAGCCCUAACUUUUUCUUUCUGAUGCAGAAGGCAUGUAUUGUGUUGAUAUUUCUCUCUGGUUCUUUAUGCUUUCUUCCUUUCCUUUGGUGGCAGCAAUGCCCUGCUGCUCCAGGAUAGAGGCUCCUAAUGAAGGGCUGGGAAACAGCUGUCAUUGCCCAGGAAAGGUGAAAGGUUCUCAUUUGUGUAGCAGUGUUUAUUCUAUGGCUAAAUAUUUAAAAAUGAAAUGUAGUCUUUUUAAUAAAAAAAAGUUUAAAGAUUUGAA